AUGAAGCUGCUGAAGUUUUUGCUUCGUUACUUCCCGCCGGGUCUCGCCUUGGAGUACACGCAGGGUGGUGACGUCAAGACGAAGAUAAUCGAUCUCCUCGACAUGACGGCCGAAACGGACAUAAGGGCAUUAGCGGAGAGCAUAAAAGCGGACGAGCCUGUUAUAACCGAAAGUGUAAUGGAGCAGUUAGUGGAGACACUGCAGAAGCUACAAGCCAAAGUUUGUGACACAAACACGAAGCGCUACUACAAAUACAAAACCUUGCAGACCCAUCUUCUGCCCCUUACGAACAUCGCGUUCGAUAAACUAGGUAAAAGAUGCCUCACAGGCAGCUACGACCGAACGUGUAAAGUUUGGGACAUCGACAGUGGAGCGGAGCUUCUUACUCUCGAAGGCCAUAAGAGUGUGGUCUACGCCGUGUCCUUCAACAACCCAGCUUCGGACAAAAUUGUCACCAGCUCGUUCGAUAAAACCGCGAGGGUUUGGUGCUCCCAAACAGGACAUUGCUUGACCACAAUGCGGGGUCACGAUGCCGAGGUAGUUGUUGCAAAAUUUUCUCCCACGCAAAACAGAAUUGCUACUGGUUCUUUGGAUUCAAUGUCCAAAAUUUUUCAUCUGGCAACAGGUGAGGAAGAGGGGAUGUUGAAGGGUCAUACAGCAGAAGUAAUCGCGCUCUGCUUCAAUAACAAUGGCAAUCAAGUAAUUACGGCGUCUUUCGACGGCACCGUCAGUAUUUGGGACACUCGGAUCUUUACACGGGUGAGCGUAUUGAUCGGCCAUCGAUCCGAACUAUCCAAUUGCAUUUACAAUUUCGAUUGCUCGUUGAUCGCGUCGUCGUCUAUGGACAAGACGGCAAAGGUCUGGGAUACUAGGAUGCAUUCCUGUCUGGCCACUCUGCGGGGACACGACGACGAGGUCCUGGACCUGACCUUCGACAACAACGGGAAAAAGUUGGCAACCGCGAGCAGCGAUGCAACAGCACGCGUUUGGGAUGUGACCAGCGAUUUCCAGCAGCUGGCAGUAAUGGAGGGACAUAACGAGGAGGUGUCCAAAGUCUGUUUCAGUCCGAACGGUCAACAUUUACUGACUUCGUCUAUGGACAGAACAUCGAGAUUGUGGUCCGUGGAAAAUGGCUGCUGCGUGCAAACACUCGAUGGUCACACCGACGAUGUUUUCAGCUGUGCGUUUUCAUACAAUGGCGACACCGUCAUCACCGCGAGCAAGGAUAACACUUGCAUGAUCUGGAGGUGA